AUGCUUACUUCCAUCUUGAGUGCAAGAGUGCCGACAUCUCAUGACAAAAUUUUGGCUAGAUUUCGCGCCUAUCAUAAGUCUGCUAAAGAAUCCAAGUCCGAAGCUACCAUGGAUGCUUACAAGUUAGGCUACUUGGACCGCACAAAUGGAAAUCAUCCCUUCUAUGCCAUUAGAGAUGAAGACAUCGAGAUGUUCUGUCCUGACUUGCUCCGUGUGCAAAGAAGCAGGUUAAUGCUGUGA